GAAGAGAAAGAAAGAUAGACACCUACAUAUUUGCACUUAGCUAGGUGCACUAUUGCUUGGCCCCCAUAAUAUUCUCUAAUUGCUGAGUAAUGCAAAUAUCCCUUGUGAUAGGUGGAAUAGCCUCUUUAGAGUCCUCCAAAAUCUACUAGAACUAAGCAUAUAUCUCCUAUGUCCUGAAAUCCCACUUUCUAUAAAAUAGUAAGAUGAAUGAAUCUCUUGUGCUAUAGAACACAUGCUUAGUAAUGUUCAAACAUUGUUAUUUGAAAUAGUUGAUCACUGGCAGCAAUUCAAACAUCCAUCAGUGGGAAAUAGACACAUUUCCCACACAAACUACAGCUUGUGAAAAUAAUUAUAGUAUUCAUAUGAGGGGUUAGAUGGUGGCAUACCAGGUUGAACACACAUGUUACCAUGUACAUUUAUGUAUUUAUUUAACCCAAUUGCACCAACCCCCCUCUGUGGGGUGGAUGUGUGGCUAGUGUGUUUGUGUGUGUUAGGGCUGCAAUUUUGGACUGGAAGCCUGGCCAGCCAGAGCUCAGAGGUCUUUGGUGUUCAGGCAUCUGGACAUUAUUUCUGGAGUCCUAUUGGCUGGGCUGAAGUUAGGGAUUGAAUUUCAUUCUGGCCAGGACUCCUGCAACCAAUGGUAGUGCUGCCUCUAGGGGGUGUGUCAAGAACUGCACAAUGGAAAGGCUGUACUUCAGGCUCCCCUUUUUACCAGCUCCUGGCCAAAGGGUAAAUUCCAUUACAACUGCAGGAAGGUCCCUCUAUUCAGAGCACCAGAAGUGGCACAGUGACCAUGAUCUUUGCCUACUGGGACAUUCGUGGGCUGGCUCACUCCAUCCGCCUGCUGUUGGAAUAUACAGGUUCCAAGUAUGAGGAGAAGAAGUACUCCAUGGGAGAUGCUCCUGACUAUGACAGAAGCCAAUGGCUGAAUGAAAAAUUCAAGCUGGGCCUGGACUUCCCCAACCUGCCUUACCUGAUUGAUGGGGCUCACAGACUGACGCAGAGCAAUGCCAUCCUGCGCUACAUUGCCCGCAAGCACAACCUGUGUGGAGAGACAGAAGAGGAGAGAAUCCGUGUGGACCUUUUGGAGAACCAGGCCAUGGACACUCGCCUGGAAUUAGCCUGGCUCUGCUACAAUACUGACUUUGUGAAGCUGAAGCCUGAGUAUUUGAAAGAACUUCCUGAAAAAGUGAAGCAGUACUCAGACUUUCUGGGGAAGAGGCUGUGGUUUGCAGGGGACAAGCUCACCUUUGUGGAUUUCCUGGCUUAUGAUGCCCUUGACCGACUCCGUAUAUUACAACCAAAAUGCUUGGAAGCCUUUGCAAACCUGAAGGACUUUAUGGAUCGUUUUGAGCAUCUAGAGAAGAUUGCUGCCUACAUGAAGUCCAGUCGCUACCACCCACACCCCCUGUUUCUAAAGAUCGCCGUGUGGGGCAACAAAUAGACCAGGUGGGCCAAGUAGCUGUGGAAGGGGCAUCCUGUGCAUGGUCUCUGAGAAUUACUGGAUCCUCCUACUCCCCGGAUUCACUCCUCCUAUUCUCUCCCCCUUCUUUCACCUUUCUUCUCCCCAUGCAAGCCUUUUAGUCUCCUUUUCCUGCCUCCCAUUCCUGUAAAUCCAGGCUCCUUAAGAUCUUGGACAGCUAUUUUCCUCAGUGAGGUUCCUCAACCUUACCUUUCUCAUACCAUCUUUCCUUUAGAGGUUGCUACUGACUUGGGGUGCCCUCUAUGCCCUGGCCCUGUAGAGUUUGGCCCUUAACUCCUGGCACUGCCCAGCCCUACCAUAUCCCCAGUAAAGUCUUCAUCACA